AAAAGCACACACAAAAAUGAUGAUGAAAGCAAGAAAAACACGACCCCUAAUCGGGCCGAUGAUUAGACUCCUCAACAACACACGCAUACAUUCUACCCACACGCUCAAUUCCCAUCAUUCAUUCAUCCAACUUUAUUUUCUUUUUGGCAAUUUGAAAUCAUAAGUCAACCUCAGUUCAUCAUUUGGUCUUGUUUCUUCCAAACACCACCUCAUUUCCCACUUGUUUUUCAUACCUUUAUUAUCAUAAAUCUUCUUUCAUUCUCUUGUCCUUUAAUUCAAUUCUUUAUAUCAUCUCUUACCAUAUAUAAUUAUCAUUAUUCAUCAUCAUAACUAAACUAAUAAUUUCUCUCUAUAUAAUUAGAAUUUAGAAAAUAAGCACGUUGCCUUUCUUAAUUCAUCCUUAGUUUAGCUUCGUUAUUUGUUUUGUUAAGUUGGAAGUCAUGGGUAGUAGUAGCAUGAAGGUUCACCCAUUUGCACGUGGGUUUUGGGAUAAUCAUCAAUCUCAUGACCCUCAAGCUGGCUUUUCUCUCGGUUGCAAGCGGUUUCGACCUCUUGCUCCUAAGGUUAACACCAACAAUGUCGUUGCUACUCCUUGUUUUGAUCUCAAGAGUUUCAUUAAACCCGACAACGGCCCUAGAAACCAUGUUUCUCCUUGUCAUCUCAAUAAUCAUUCACCCUCUCACCAGGUGGAAUCGCAGGCGGGAGGAACACGAUGGAAUCCAACACAAGAACAGAUAGGGAUCUUGGAGAUGUUAUACAGAGGAGGAAUGCGGACUCCGAACGCGCAACAGAUAGAACAAAUAACAGAACAGUUAAGCAAGUACGGUAAGAUCGAAGGGAAGAAUGUGUUCUACUGGUUUCAAAAUCAUAAAGCUCGUGAAAGACAAAAGCAGAAACGCACCAACCUUGGCCUUAGUCACUAUCCUAGAACACCUACAGCUGCUACUGCUACUGCUGCUACUGCUACUACUCAAGUUGACACAUCCAUAACCUUAACUCUAGAUACUAAGUUUUCAUUACAGGCUGACAUAGAGGAGCAACAGAUGAGUCCAUACAAGAGGAAGUAUAGGAACUGGCUGACAUUUGAAAGCUCGGACGAGAACCCGCAGAAGGAAGACAAAACCCUUGAGCUCUUCCCAUUACACCCGGAGGGAAGAUGAUAAGCAAACGUACUCAGCCCUCAGGGUUAUCUUGUUAGAUACAACCUAGUUGUAUGGUCACGAAAAUGAUCGAUCUUUUAGUAUGUAGUAAUAAUGUAGUACGUACUAGUAUAACUAGUAUUAUUUGGUUAAUUACGUACCAUAAUUAUGAUAGAGAUGCGCUUUUCUUUCUUCUUUUCCCAUUUUUCUACUACAGGAUAAGAAGAAAGACAAGAUGGUCUUUCUUUGUAAUAAUAGUUAGUUUUAUGUUAUUAUGCUCUUUUUCUUAAUGCCAGAAUUGAAUUUUCUGA